AUGGAGUUUGUGACGGGAUACAGGGACCAGUUGAUUGAUUUUUCCGAGCUGAUGUUCCACUGGUACCGGAAGUACGUGUUGGAGAGGGGGCAGGGAGCUGGUGAGACGGAGGUGUGGAGGAGGGGGAAGGAGGCUGCUGUGCGGAGGCUGCCAUCUGGAACAUCGGCCUGGACGCUGCACGUGAUCCGGAAUUCCGGGAUGGCGCUGAGCGUGCAGAAUCCUGCCCAGCAGAUCCUGGAGCGGUUCUACAACGAUGAGGUUCUCACCCUGAGGGAUCUGUGCAAAUACAUCAGCUUCAUUAACCUGGAUGACGAGGAGGAAGACGGGGAGGAGGAGAUGGGCACGCAGCACGAUCACUUUAUCCACAUCGAUUACCUCCUCCUGCUGACCGACCAGGACGGCUUCGCCAUGGGGCUGGACUUCACGCUGACCAGGGGUGAUGCCCUCACAGCCGAACAGCUGGCCAUGAAGGCAUACGACCUCCUGUGCCAGGGGAUCACUGUACCCAUGUACGGCUGUGAGGCACAUCGUCCGCGACAGCUCACCCUCGGAGAUGAGGGCAUCCAGAGGUUCCUGAAGGCCAUGAUCUUGAAGUUAGGAAUACGCAGCACCAGGGUGGUGUAUGAGUGCAGUGCUCCCAGAGACUUCACCUUCCGCUCGAGCCCGGUCAAAGCCUGCCACGUGUGUAAGAAGCAUAGCUUUGAGACCGAGGUGACUGCAUGGUAAGGCAAGACAGGGAGAGGUUCCGGAGCUGGGGUACCGAGCGAGGAAACCCGCAACUCCACUGGAAACUCUUCAAUGGCCAGGGUUCCACCAAACGCCCUGGAAUAUCUCAGGACCCAGCACUGCAGCAAUGAAGGCC